UUUACAUAAACUCAUCAUAGUCUUUGCGUUUUCUUUUUGCGAGUUUCAUCUCUCUAACCAGUAGAUCCAGUAUCUUAAAAUAGUUUGUAGUGAGUUAGAGAUUGUGUUGUGGAAUAUUUUGUUUUUUUUUCUAUUCAAAUCAAACAUGACCUGAGCUAUCAAUCUACGCAGAGUCUCCGGACAGUUGCUGUCCUUGCGGCCAAUCAAGAUGAGAAGGAAACUAAGUGGUGUUCUUGCAUCCAAUCGACGUGUCUUAUAUUUUUACACAUAAAUUAAAGAGCGUAAAAUCAAACAACAAUGGAUGGGAUCUUGAGUACAUUUUUGGCCCGACAUCAUUCACAUAAUUGAAGCAACCGGACACCCAAAAAAGACGAAACAACAUGAAGCCAGCCUUAGAUACUGUCCAUAUAUAUCUUUUCUGUAGUUUAUCUUAUGGGAUUAUCGACUCAUCUACUGAAUAGACAGGAACGAGAUCGUAUAUCUUCUUUAUCAAUAUUCGACGACAUCCAUUGACGAUGUUUAGAGGAUAACAAGAGAGAAAACAAAAACAAUCUUGAUCAAUUAUAAAAUCAAUAAUGUUUGUUUUGUAGGAAGCCGGAAAACCGAAUUGGUUGUACUCUUUGUAUUCUUAAUUUCUUAUGCAUUUACAUAGCAAACCCUUGAUACAGUAUUAUUUUGGUAAUCUAACCACAUGUAGUUUCGUAGACAAGCAAUGUACAAAACUUUUUUCUGUUCUCUUAAAUGGUUUAUUUCUCGAAGUAGACGAGCCGACAUAAGAGAUAUCUUGUGAACUACAUAAGCUUAUUUGUUAUAUGGCCCGUAUAUGUCGGUUUUUGUUCGAUAACUAUCCAAUCACUUAACUCUUAGUGGCUCAGUCCAAUGGUCCAAUGGUCCAUAGAUGAUAUUAAUCGAAUCCAAUACAAUUAUUUAAGUUACUAGUCAUUAUUAAAGUAAUGAAAAAUCUAAUAGUAUUGUUUUUGGUAAAGAAUCCAACAUUAUUAUUAGUUCACAUCAAACUUUAAAAGGGGUGGACAUGCGAGGAACCUACCAGUGUAGAGGACCAAUACGAAGCUGCGUUCGUCCGAAUCUUUUUCUCUCAAACAGGAAACUUGUUUCUCCUCUAAUAUCCUCCUACGUGGCAUCUCAUGUACCCUUCAACUUCAUUUGUAGAUAUCUUAAUUAUUUAUAUACUAGCUUUCGUUUUUAAUAAUAUAUCCCCUAAAGUAAAAAUUGUUUCAUAAUUUCGUUUUCUUAUCCUGUACAAAACGUGUCAUUAUAUUUCAAAUGUUUUUCAACCCCACCAACAAAGUUAAAAAAACAUUAUUUUAUAAUCCAACCGAAAAGAUGAGAGUCUACAAGAACAAUAUCAUCAAAUCUAGUUUUAGAGCGAGGCUGGUGAAAACAAUACUAGAAGAUGUGUUACAGAGAAAUAUUAGUGGAAAGUAUAACACAGAAAAAUGUCGGAUACGAAUAAAUUAUUUUAAAAUAGAUAUUAGCAUAGACAUAUAAAAAACAAAUAAUUCCAUAAAUUAUACACAAAACGAAAACGAUUUAUCUACAAAUAAAAGUUAAGUUAAUACUCUUAAAUGUAUUUACAAACAUCUGCAAUAUAGUUAAUUCCCACCUUACAUUACAAUUUUUUCAAUUUUGUUCAAGUUUUAAACUGGUUUUGAACUGACUAUAGUAUACUUUAUAUAUAUAUUGCGAAAGAAAAGGCUAUACAAAAUUAUUAAUCACAUUUUUAUUUAGGAAGAUAUUUUUUCUUUGGCAUUUGCCCUCCGAGGCAAUGGCAACAGCUUCAAGGCAUUUAUACCAAUUGAACCAACUAAGAACAUGUUUAUUGUAGGUCUUUUAAUUUAGGUCUCUUAUCGUAAUAUAAGAUAUGGUCUCUAGAUUUUAACUAAAAAAACUAAGAAACGUCUCUUAUAUCUUUUAUUUAAGAAACGUCUCUUAGUCUUUUAAUUAAAAACUAAGAAACCGUAUCUUUUAUUACGAUAAAUGAUCAAAUCUAAAAAAUUUGUAAUAAAUAUGUUCUAAGAACAACUCCAACACUGGUUUUUUGGAGGUGUUCUCACAAUUAAGAAAAAUCAUAAAUACAUGAAAAGUAAUUGAGUAUAAACUCUGAACCUGUAGAGAAACUUAAACAACCUGUGUCAUUUUGUUAAUAUGUCAACUCUCCAAAAAUAAAUACAUUAUUAUGUAAUUAGAAUAUUAAUAUAUUUUUUUUCUUUAGAACUCCUCACAGUUUCUACUGUUAAUACUACUACUCUAAUCUCUUAACAAGUUGACCCUAACAAAAAAAAAAUUAUUAGCCCUGAAGCACAUGUAAUAGUUAUCAAACACGUAAUGAUGAUGGAAUAAUCAGCUGACGUGCCAUUUUUUGUGAUUAACUAUUUUGUGUUAUUAAUCAAAUUAUUAUCUAAAAAAACAAUGCAGGAAAAUAACACUACAUGUUGUGUCUAUUACCUAUUUUCAGUAUUCCAAGCUUAACAAUAUUUUAGACACCAGUAUAUAAUAUUUAUGGACCACGAAUCUAAUUUUACAUUGUUACCAUUACUUAUAAGCGUUUUAUGCACAAAUAUUUUAACGUGUUAUGUAAAGAUAUGUAUUUUGUGGUGAAAGAGAGAACCACUGGGAUCCAUUCCAAGCCAUACCGUGCGCAUCUUCUCUGAAAUUGUCUGUCUUGUUUUGUUAGUGGAGACAAGUAUCGAAACAAUAUCUCGAGAUUUUAAUUUCGUUAUUCGUUACAAACAUUGAUAUACAUAGAUAACUUUAGUUAGUCUAGUGGUACGGUUUGAAUGGAGAAUAAGGGUCACUGGAUAUCGACGUUUGAGUUUUGAUAUGCAAUUCACGAAAGAACAAUUAAAAUAUAUACAAAUUAUCGAGCGAAUUUAGCGAUAAUAUAUGUCAGCCAGAUAACAGUCAUAAAAUCUCUUUUUAGCAAACAAAAAAAACAGUCAUAUUGAAUUCUUAAAUGCCUUUCGCUCUCAAAUAUUUUAUGUUGAAAAGGAUAUGUUUUAUGCGUUUAUCUCGAAACAAAUUCCUUAAAAAUAGAUUACCUCUAUGAUAAUAGCAACAAGAAAAAAAAAACUAGAAAAUGACAUGACGGAGGAGAUAAAUUACACUUUCAAUAUUUGUCCCGAAAAUUAAUUUUAUUGAUGUCGAUACGAGAUAAACUAUUGAGUUUAAUUAUUAGCUUAAGUUUUGAAAAGUUUGAUCGUAUUCGUACGUCAUUUAAAGCUUUUUUAUCCUCUUAUCUCCUCUGCUUAUAUAUACACACGUCCGAAUAAAUAAUUCGAUGUCUCAUCCUUCAGAGCUACUAAAGUAACACCAGAAAAGGAAAACCUCUGAAACAUACAUUUAUAGCAAUGGCGUUAUUGUCUAAACCGAACGAAAAAACAGAAUCCGGGUUUUCUCCAAUUCCGGUUAUAGAUAUCUCCGACCCAGAGUCCAAACACGCCCUCGUCAAAGCCUGUGCAGACUUUGGGUUCUUCAAGGUGAUCAACCAUGGCGUUUCCUCGGAGCUAGUCUCUGUCUUGGAACACGAGGCCGUUGAGUUCUUCUCGUUGCCCGCGUCCGACAAAACCCAAGUCGCUGGUUAUCCCUUUGGAUACGGGAACAGGGAGAUUGGUCGGAAUGGUGACGUUGGUUGGGUUGAGUACUUGUUGAUGAAUGCUAAUCUUGAUUUCGGUUCACAUUCAUUCUUUCCCGGUCUCUUUAAUAACCCAGAAACUUUCAGAAAUGCAUUGUUAGAAUACACAACAUCAGUGAGGAAGAUGACAAGCCAUGUUUUGGAGAUGAUAACUGAUGGGUUAGGAAUCGAACCGAGGAACACCCUUAGCAAGCUUGUCUCUGAUAAAAACACUGACUCUAUAUUCAGGCUUAAUCACUAUCCACCAUGCCCUCAUCAUAUCAACACCAAUACUAAUACCAAUGGUGGCAACAAUGUGAUCGGUUUUGGCGAACACACUGAUCCUCAGAUCAUCUCUGUCUUAAGGUCUAACAACACUUCUGGUCUCCAAAUCAAUCUAGCUGACGGCUCCUGGAUUUCUGUCCCUUCAGAUCCUUCCUCAUUCUUCUUCAACGUCGGCGACUCUCUCCAGGUAUUGACAAAUGGGAAGUUCAAAAGCGUGAAGCAUAGGGUUUUAGCGAACAGCAGGAAAUCUAGAGUUUCUAUGAUUUACUUUGCUGGACCUUCUUUGACUCAGAGAAUCGCUCCCUUGAGUUGUCUUACUGACAAUGAAGAUGAGAGUUUGUACAAAGAGUUCACUUGGUCUGAAUAUAAGAACUAUGCCUAUCACUCUAGAUUAUCUGAUAAUAGGCUUCAACCAUUUGAAAGGUAAGCAGUAAAGAUAUCUUUGAAUUAUUCAUAAGUUUUGUUCGUGAUUCGUAGGUUUUAAGUGUGACAUAUAAUCUAUAUGCAUGUGUUUAAGUUAUCCAAUAAUUAAAAAACGUGACUGUUUUGGUUUCCUUCGAUCAGCAUCCCAUUAUAAAAAUUUAUGAUCCUUUUUUGUGUAACAUAUUUUUUUCCUAACAUUUAACUAGAUGAACUAAAUAUCUUUAAAAUUUAUCUUGAACUGCUAUAUGUAUUGUAUCUAUUCAAGAUAAUCUUGAUAGCUAUAAUAACUCUAUGGAAGUUUAUAUUUAUAUAUUAUUAAAUUUAGUUUAUAAAUUUUAUACUAUUUAUUCACUAAAUUAUUUAUUUAAUUACUAAUUUUAUUAUUUUAAAAAUUUAUAAAAUAUGAUGUUAUUUAUACUAAACUUAAAUUUUUUUAAUUUUUUGCAGAACAAAUAGAAUAUAUGGUUAAAAAUACUAAUUUUAUGAGAUAUUUGAAUACCAAAUAUAUUAAUAGUGACAAAACCGAUAAAAAAAAUCACAGAAAUACAGUCAUAAGAAACUCUUAGCAGAAAAUAUACUCGAUAGUACUAGUCUACAUUGUUGGAUUGAAAAUGAAACAUGUUACAUCCUACGGCUAACAGCUUCAUGACAGUAAAUAUCAAUAUAUUCAAUACUAGGACUUGAGCCAAUCCAAUUGGUGAUAAAUUGAUUGGUUCAAGUCUUUUAUAUAUCAGUGUUUUUUUUUAGAAAAAAAUUAAAGUGAAAUUUUAACACACUUUUUCAAGAUGAUAUCUUAAUACAGCUCUUCAAAAUGAUAAUUCUUAUCGGUUCAUCUUGAAGUAAGUGAAUCACAUUUUAGGAGCGGUAAUACAUCUUUUAAAACCAUUUUAUUUGUUUCAACAAACGAAGAUUCGAUACCAUGUUAAAUUCAUGAUUACUAUGGUUUUUUAGUUUAAAACCAGUCGACGACGAAUAGAUUAAUUCAAAUCCUUUAUAUAUUAGUGUCGGUUUAUUUAAACUUCUGUUUUAAGAUUUCAACGCGUCCAUGUUGAUGUCUCAACACUUUCUCAACAAAGAAUAUCUUCAAACACAUUGGUUUUGUGAUAUCCAUCUCCAUGAAUGUCAAGUUCCAUGUACGUAACUAAUUUGUUCUUCAAACAUAUCUCUUAUAGUAUGAAGAAUACCUAGGUUUGAAAACUAGACAGACACUAUAUUCCAAUAAUAUAAGUCGCAAAUAAAAAAUGUUAUGCGUAAACCGGUAACAUCUAAUCUAUUAAUUUAGGGUUCUAUUUUUAUCUACCAUUAGUAAGUCAUAGUAAGACCACCUAAAGAAAUAGUUAAUAUGACAUAUUUGAUUAUUUACAUUACUAAUAAACCAACUAUAAAUUUGAAUUUUAUUUUUAAUUAUAACAAAAUCUGUUGAAAAAGAAUCUAACAAAAUCUUACUUAAAAUUUAAAUAUUUUUAUAAAAUAACAUAUUAAUUAAUUUCGUAAUUAAUAAUAUAAUAUUAU